GUAUCGCUUACCAUCAGGCGAAUGGCAAGCUCGUCUAGUCAUUCAAAGCAAUAAAAGAAUGCUAAUUUUAUAUAGCUACCACAAUAAUGUUGCAAGUAACUCGUAUCGCGUGUCAUUAUUUUAGUUCGCUAUCUCACCGCGUUAACAUGUCAAAGUUGUUGCGCCGUGGACUCGCGAGUUUCGCCAGGAAAACCAAUGUUUGGACCAGUGAAAAAGUGAUUUUAUCUCCGUACCAUGAUGUCGAAGUUCCAAUGACAACUGUACACGAAUAUGUGUUUAGCAAAUUGGAUAAAUGGCCGACUAAGACUGCUGUGGUAUGCGGCGUGACAAAAAGAAAAUAUACUUACGAAGAAGUAUACAGGCUCUCUAAAAUAUUCGGAGCGAAUUUACGAAGCAAGUUCAAAAUCAAAGAUGGCGAUACAGUCGCAAUAAUACUUCCAAAUAGCCCGGAGUUUCCCAUUGCAGUGUAUGGAACUAUGACCGCUGGUGGCAUUGUCACUACUAUGAAUCCAGUUUACACACCUUAUGAACUUCAAAGACAAAUAGACUCAUCCGGCGCCAAGCUUAUCGUUACUCAUCCAGACAUAGUUCCAAAUGUAAAAAAAGCAUUAGAACUAGCCAAAAAAGACAUACAAAUCAUCGCUAUGAAUUUUGAAAAACCAGCCCCAGUUGGAACUAUAUCUUUCAAAGAUCUAAUCGAUGAAGUCCAUAUUGAUCUGACUGUUUUGAAUGAAGUGAAAAGAAGUCAUGAAGACGUUGCACUUUUGAUGUAUUCUAGCGGUACGACAGGAUUGCCAAAACCAGCAGAACUGAGUCAUUUUAAUGUAGUUGCUAACUGUUGCCAACAGGACACCGAAUUAAGACAAUAUUCGUAUACCACAGAAUCUCACCAAGACACAACGUUGGUAGUGUUGCCAAUGUUCCACGCGUACGCAUUCAGCUUACAAAUGUUACACAAGAUGUCGGCGGGCCUCCAGCUGGUCACGCUGCCGAAGUUCCAACCAGAAUCAUUUCUUAACACUUUGUUAAACUACAAAAUCGACUUAAUGUACCUAGCGCCACCUAUGAUUUUGUACUUAGGCUCAUACUCUGAAGUAAAGCCGAAACAUCUGGAACAUGUUAAGCUGAUGCUGUCAGGCGCUGCCCCGCUGCCAUCUGCUGAUAUACAAAAAAUGUUCGACAAAGCGCAGAGGAACUUUCCUUUCAGACAAGGCUACGGUAUGACAGAAGGCGGCCCUUUGGUCACAAUAAUGCCAACUGAUAUAGAAAACUAUGAAUCUGUUGGAUAUCUUCUACCGAAUAUGAAAGCGAGGGUUAUUGACAGUCAUUUCAAUAAUUUGGGACCAGACGAGGUCGGAGAAUUGUUAAUCAAAGGACCCAAUGUGAUGAAACAGUACAAAGAUAACCCUGAGGCGAACAAGGAAUCCUUUGUUGACGGAUGGUACAAAACAGGUGAUCUUGCUAAAGUCAACGACGAAGGAUUGGUGUGGAUAGUUGAUAGACUUAAGGAACUUAUUAAGGUUAAAGGCUUCCAAGUACCACCGGCAGAACUAGAAGCCGUUAUCAAAGAACAUCCGGACGUCUUCGAUGUAGCAGUUAUGGGCAUACCGGAUCGCGUAACAGGAGAAGCUCCAAAAGCAUUUGUUAUUUUAAAACAAGGAGCAACAGUAACAGACGAACAGUUAAUCAGUUUUGUGAGCAACAAAGUUGCUUCGUACAAGAAAAUAAAGCAAGUGCAGUUUGUAGAUAGCAUACCGAAAAACCCGUCGGGAAAGAUACUGAGAAAGGUGUUGAAGGAGAUGUAUUUGAAUUGAAAUUAUAAUGCUAUUUUAUACAUUUUAAUGUAGAUAAUAAUAUAUGUAAGGAUAAUUUAAUGGUGAUAUUAGUAAAUGCUGGUAUUAAAGUUAAAAUAAUUUAUAGUGGA